AUGGAGGAUGGGCCACCCGGCCCGCCCAUCUUCUCGGGCACCAGCGGCAAGAAGGAGAACACCUGCGCCAACUGCGGCACCGACAGCACGGCGGGCAUCUGGCGCCGGGGGUGGGACGUGGAGGAGGGGAAGUCGGCCAACCUGUGCAACAGAUGUGGCCUCGCUUUCAAACAGGGCAAGGUUACCCGUGCAGGGCAGGGCUCAGGGCCCACCACUCGGAAGGACCCACCUAGACGGCCCAAGCCCAAUGUGGCAGUGGCAAGAAGUGCUCAAAGGCAGUCUGCCCCUGACUCCAUAUGGCCUUCCAGUACUUCUGACACGGGCCCUGGCACCGCUGCUGGAGCCCCAGGGCCCACGCCUUCUAAGGAUGAUCCUCGGGGCCCAGCCUCGACUGACCGCUGUGUGCCGGAGCUGCCCUUUGAUGUGGUCCAGGCCCCAGGGAGCAGUGAAUAUGUCAGCUAUUCACUGACUAAGGACACGCUGGCCGAUGGGGUGCGACGGGUGUCAUUUCACAUGCAGGACAGCCAGGGGUUGUCCACGCUGGCGGUGGUGGGCUUGGACCCUCGAGGAACGGGCCAUUUCACAUACAAAUCGCAAUCUGGCCUUGAACCCUACUUGCACGUGACGAACCGCACCGAAGUCAUAAACUGGCUGGCAACCCAUGGCGCUAAGCAACAAGUCAGCCCAGCCAACGCAGUGCCCUCUCGUCCUUCACAAGCGCAGAUUGUCGCUGAGGUGGUUGACACGCCGCCAAGGCCAGACCUGGGAGGGAAGUACACGUCGUUUGAGGAGAACCACUACAAGUCCAAAGAUGGCACGCAUCACCGAGAAUACUACCUGGUGAAUGGAGAGGGGGACAGGAAGCUCGUUAUUUCUGCCCACGAUGGCCCCAGGCAGGACAGGCGUUAUGAGUACCGGUCGACAGAGGAAUUCGGCGCCUUGUCUUUCAGAAACGCCACGGAGUGCGAGCGGUGGCUGGAGUACAUCCUGGGAUUGCGGGACACCCUGCCGCAGGGCAUCAGGAGCAAAAAGAGGGAACACUCGGCUGCUGGCGAAGCGGUGGGCACCGGACCUCAGGCCAAACGACAGAGUCCCCAGAAGCUCGAAGAUGAGACCGCGCUUCACAAGGGCAAGGACAUCGCGGCCGCGUACCAGGCCAACCCGGACAUCUACGAGUGGGUGAUUUCGCGGCCCCCGGAUGACGUGGUGGGUCGGUUCAAACAGUGGGCCGCCAAGCUGAGCGGCAUCGUGACCGACGAACCUCCGGCCGGCAUGGAGCCCAACACCAACUGGACGUCCACACAGGAGGCCAUCCAGAUCAUCCAGCUCAUCGACAGCUGCGAGACGAGCCUCAGGCUGCUCGAGACCACGCGGAUCUCCCGCGCCAUGGCCCUCCUGCGCAGCCACAAGCACGACGAGCUGGCCAGCCUGGCGCGCAAGGUGUCCAUCAAGUGGAAGAAGAUGGCGGACGAGGCGCUGGUCAUCGCGCGCAGGUCGCUGCAGCAAAUAUACGGCUGA